AUGCAGUACCUUCUCCCUGAUUGUGCAGACAGACAGCAGUGUGUGAUUGCUUCUGGUGCUGCUGCCUCUGCAUUGCUGCUCUCCAGAGCUCUUGGGGUAGCUGUCGAUUUGGAAAACAGUGGAAAUGUAAUAAAUGCCAUUGGAGAUGCUUCUUGGGAAAGUUCGGUGGUCAACUGGUCAGGUCAAGGGCUGCAAAAACUGAGUCCAACCUUGCCCUGUGAUGCUGAUACUUACACUUUGAUUCUGGACAAAAACCAGAUAAUUAAAUUGGAACACUUGGAGAAAUGCAGGAAUCUUAAGCAGCUGUCUGUAGCCAACAAUCGUUUGGUGCGAAUGAUGGGUGUAGCAAAACUGACUAAGCUCCGGGUGCUCAACUUGCCUCAUAAUAGUAUAGGGUAUGUGGAAGGCCUGAAGGAUUUGGUGCACCUGGAAUGGCUGAACUUGGCAGGAAAUAACCUUAAGACCAUUGAACAAAUCAAUUCCUGUCUGUCUCUUCGGCAUCUUGAUUUGUCAGACAACAACAUAUCUCAAUUAGGUGAUCUCUCCAAGCUUUCAUUGCUGAAGACUCUGUUGCUACAUGGAAAUGUUAUAACUUCACUUCGCACUGCCCCUGUUUGUCUACCUCAGAAUUUGACUGUGUUUUCUUUGGCAGAAAAUGAAAUCAGAGACUUAAAUGAGGUUUGUUUCCUGGCCUGUCUUCGUCACUUGGAACAGCUGUCAAUUAUGAACAAUCCUUGUGUGAUGGCCACACCCUCUAUCCCUGGCUUUGACUACAGGCCGUAUAUUGUCAGCUGGUGUCUAAACCUGAAAGUUCUUGAUGGAUAUGUGAUUUCUCAGAAGGAAAGUUUGAAAGCAGAAUGGCUCUACAGUCAAGGUAAAGGAAGAUCAUACCGACCUGGUCAGCAUGUUCAGCUGGUUCAGUACUUGGCUACUGUUUGUCCUCUUACAUUUGCAUAUGGACUCCAGACUGAAGAAGAUGCCAAAUUGGAAAAAAUACUGAGUAAGCAAAGACUCCACCAGAGGCAGCUGAUGCAUGAAAACCAAAACGAAGGAUCACCUAUGUCUUCUCCCAGCAAAACAGUGCCAGUUGCUCCUGAACACAGCAGUCCAGCCCAGCCAGCACAGAUAGCUCUUGAAAGUGAACCAGUCAUCCGAAAGAAUUCUUGGGUUGGGCCGAGUGUAAACGAUGAUCAUUGCUAUGCAGUCAAGAGCACUUCUCUUCCUGAAAGAAGCUCCCACAAGGAGCUGUACCUUGAAGAUGCACAGGCAGAUGAAGACAAACUAAACAGCAGCCUUUUAUCCUCAGAGUCUACUUUCAUGCCAGUUGCUUCAAGGUUGUCUCCACUGUCUCCUACUUCAGACCUGAAGCUACGUGGAAUCAAUUUGAGCCUAGAAGAUGCUGAUGAUACGGCGAUUAAACGUGUGAGAGACAUUAACAGCCGAGAAACAACUAGCAAGCAAGAAGCUUCUUCUAUUACAAGAGAGUACUCAAACAGAGCAGUAGGAAGUGUGGAAAUGCAAGAGAAUGUCAAAGAGAUUAUGCUGUUGCCUUCUGAUCCAGUAGAACCUAGCCUGGCUGCUAAAUCUAGCAACUGUUCAGCAUCCUCUGAAGACCAAGUUCUGCACAGCCAGCCCAGCACUUCAUUAGGUCCUGAAUCAGGAGGUAAAACUCUCUGUCUUGGCCAGAUGACAGGAGAAAGUUCUGAUUCAUUAGCUGUUGCCAGUCAUGGUGCAGCUGAACUGCAAAGAAUGACUAAAGCAGUUACCAAGCUUCAAGCUUGCUGGAGAGGAUUUUACACGAGGAGCUACCAUCCUCGAGCCAAGGAAGUGCGGAAUGAAAUUCGACUAAACAGAAUGCAGGAGCACAUCAUUUGCUUAACUGAUGAAAUAGAAAAACUAAGGAAAGAAAGGGAGGAAGAUAAGAUACGGAUGCUUGUACAGGAGGAAGCUGUCAGAUUUCUGUGGAACCAGGUUCAAUCCCUUCAACAAUGGCAGCUUUCAGUGAUGCAAAAUUUGGGUGCUGCUUGUCAACCUGAGAUCCCUUCAGCCAGUGCUUUAUGUCCAUGCAAACCACCUAUUCAGUCACCCACACCUGAGGAAGAAACCACACAAGAUGUUAGUUCUGCUGGGUUAGUUCCAGCUAGUGAUGAUCUUCAGGAAAAGUCUCUGUUGCAGUUCCCAGAUUCUGGUUUUCAUUCUUCUGCCACUGAUCAGACUCAUGCCAGUGACCUGUGUAGCUCUGAAAAGAGUUUAGCUGAAGGAACCGAGAGCUCUCUGUCAAUGGAAACUGUCAAAAAAUGUGGCAAUUCUGUUUCAGCGUGUUCUUCAGAUGUAGAGGAUUGCCCUGGGGAAUGUGGGCAAAGCAAAGAGAGCUCUACUAAUGAGCAGGACAACAGACUAAUACAACAGUAUUUGAAAUCUGUUCAGCAGCUGGAAGAGGCUGAUGAAGAGACAAAUUGCAGCCAUGAAAUGGAUGGUAGUUGCCCACAAAUGGCUCUUUCAGCAGAAAGCCCAGAUUCUUCUUCUGACACUGUCUCUGCGGAUCUUCCCCAAGAUACAUCUUCCCCCGUCCGAGCUGAAAUCAGUCAGACACCAGAAAGCUGCAAACAUAAUUCAGGGAUAGUAGAAGGGAAGCAAACAGACUGUGAUUCUUCAUUUCAGAUGCUGCAUGUUGGGAUAGCUGUAUAG